UAUUUGUGUUGCUGGGAUUGUAUAUUCACCCAUCAAUGAUUGAACUGUACGUUCAAUUGUAAACUGUACUCAAGACUAGAGUGGGUUCCUGUUUAUGUCAGUGAUUUAUUCAACAUUCAAGCACUGUGUUUCGUGAAGUGGCAUGUUUUUGUAAUGCGGUGAGCAAGGAGACUUGAUACAGGAUGGGCGAUGAAGCUGAACCAGUCGCGUUAUCUACGGUUGAUGAGUCUCUUGAUCUGAUCCGUCUCAGCCGUGAUGAGCGUAUUUACGUCAAAAUGAGGAACGAUCGGGAGCUCCGCGGAAGACUGCACCUUAAUGUAGAAGAAACAAUUACAACGAUGGAAAUUGACAAAGAGACCUUUGAGGAAGUGUUCAAGACAACAGAACACUCCAUUCAAAUGUUGUUUGUUCGUGGUGAUGGGCUCAUUUGUUUCCCUGCCUUUGCCUGGUAG